UCGUCAACAAUUUACCACCACCGAGCAACACACACUCGAUAUCCUCCUCCUCUUCCUCGAGAAGGAUCUCAAGGCGUACCACCGCAUCUUCGGCGACCUCGGCAGUCGCGGCUGCCUCGGUAGCAGCCACCGUCGUAUCCUCCGUCUCUACCUCCACCGUUUCGUCGACUUCCGCGUGUACCGCCGCGAUGGUCGCACCGAGUACCGAGUCUCUUGGGACGAGCCUGAUAUCCUCGACCAACGGGCAGAUGUCCUCGGUCGCCGUGGCUGCCUCCUAUCGAGCCGCUCUCAAUGCCGCUGCUGCGGUUUCUCAACAGCAGGCUCAACAACAACAACAACAACAACAGCAGCAGCAGCAGCAGCAGCAACAGCAACAACAAUCUCAAAGCUCCAUCACGCCGACCACCUCGACUUCCGACCUCAUUUCUGCCGACGAAAAGGCAGUUAUAUCAGGUAUUUAUCAACACUACUUCCGUGCGAUGCGAGCCCAUAACCAUCAGCAUCGGCAGCAACAACAACAGCAACAACAGGUCCAACAGCAACAGCAACAACAUCAUCAUCAUCGUACGCAUCAACUUCAUCAACAGCAACCUCACCAAAGCGACAGAAGUUCCUCCUCUUCGUCUGCCACGUCAACGACCACUUCGGUGUCCGGUAUCCUACGGCAAAGUUAUCAACAAGCGUAUAGCGCAUCGACGAGCUCGAACUCGUCGUCUCAUCAUCGUUCGGUCACGGCGUCCGUCCUAGCGCAUCAUCCUUACAGGCGACCAUCCUCGACGUUGUUAUCGCGAACAACGUCGCAUCUCGGGCAGCAGGCUUCCUCUUCUUCCUCUUCCAUAAACUCGUCCACCAUCAGUGCUUCCAACGGCGUCACGUCCAGUGCCGUUUCUAGCGUGUACGCCGGUGCGAUACACAGGCAUCACGCGACCUCGUUGCAUGCUCUUCAAGCGGCGGGCUUCUACGAGACACCCGGUUAUCACGCUCUCCUACCCCAAAGCUAGACGAUCGAGAACGGCUUCUCUGAUCAGCCAAUGCGUCGUUCGUUCGGAGAAUCGAUUUCUCCUUUCGACGCCUCGAACCUCUUCAUUCCGGUCUCGUGAAAAGGUAAUCGUAAAGUUGUCGGUACUCCUACACACCCGCCCUUAUUUGAAUCCUACUCUCCUUAAUCUUACACCCUUGUCAACCUUAUAUUCCUAGCUCGUUGUAAUUUUCCAGGACGGAGAGCUUAAGUUUGCAACAGCUGGUGAUGGUCGAACGGCUAGAUGGAAAAAGGAUGACAUUUAGUAGAAAUGUCCUCGAAACGGUUAAAAAAAGAGAGAAAGAGAAAGAAUGCGUCAUAGGGGGAGGCAGCUGGAAUGGUUGGCCCUGUGGAUCGAACGUUUUCAUCCACCUACGGUUUCUCUCUCUCGCUUUCUUUCUUUCUUUCCUUCUUUUUCUCUUUCUCUCUCAACAUCGUCGUUCUCUAUUGGCAUGGCUCAGGUACUUGGAAGAUGCUGUUUGCACAAGAAAGAGGGAGAGACCGACCCUACGAGAAGAAUUCUCGUCGGAGCUCUUGCGAGCUUUUAGCUCACGGCUCUCCUAUACACGUCUCUUCGUUCUGUGUGUUAUCCGUUUUGAAAUUCGACGUGCCGUCACGGCCGAAGACCGACGACGAAUAUCCUCGUCGUUCCGCGAACACGGUAAUCGUGUAACCGUAUCGAUUUCCAUGGCUUAGGCAGUAUUUCCACCGGAUUUCGCUCGGUCUACUUUCGCCUAGAAUGAACGGCCCCUUCUGUCGACGAUGAAAUUCUGAACCUUCACUUCCUUCUUUCCUUUUUUUGCUUCAAUUUCGAUCAAGAUAAUAUACGUCGAUCGAAAAUUGU